AUGCAGUACACGAUACCCGAGCGUGGAGACCUGAGGACGGAGAUUAAGUCGCUCUUCGCCAGCUUCACCAGGGACGUCGACCUCAUCACGGUCAACGUCACCGACUGCACCAACGUCGAGAUACCGUCCACACACCAGUACUACGCCAAGCCCCACGCGGCCAUCAUAUCCGCCAUCGUGAUCUGCACGCUGGCCGUGACUGCGGUGUACGCCAUCUACGGCAACACGAUGCACUACGUGAGGCGACACGUCCCGCGUGUCCUCAGGGGGUACACUGCCUUCGUCAUCUCCUUAUACCCGGUGUCGGCCACCAUCACGUACCUGGCAGUGCUGGUUCCCCGCGCGCACUUCCUGGUGCAGGUGGUGACGCAGGGCAUGUUCGUGGUGUGCCUGUACCAGAUGUUCUCGCUGUUGGUGGCCUACCUGGGCGGCGAGGAGGAGUUGUCCGCGCGGCUGUCCACAGCCACCAUACAGCCAGUCACGGGGCCCUGCUGCUGUUUCCCGUGCUGCCGCUACUGCUGCAAGCCCAUCCCCGUCACCAGGAAAAGUGUGUCGCGACUACGUCUGCUGGUGUUCCAGCUGCCCUUGGUGCAGUGGCUGCUGUACGUCAUCAUUUUCGUCAUGGUUGCUGAGGACAAGGAGACGUACACCAAAGCGCUCCCGUACCUGCAGCCGCUCUUCGUGGGCUCCAUGAUGCUGGCCGUGUGGGGCACCAACAUGACGAUCCGCGUGCUCAACACCAUCCUGAGCGACUUCAAGGCGACGGCCAAGUUCAUGUCCCUGCAGCUCAUCGUCAUCCUGGACGUGCUGCAGACCUCGAUAGCGAAUCUCAUAGCCAAGAACGUGCCCUGCACCGUCCCGCUGACGCCCACUAUGUGGGCCAACUUGAUUGUGUCGACACUGGUGCUUGUGGAGAUGGUGCCACUGAGUCUUUGGGCCCGUUCGCUCUACUGCCGUCCCACGCCACCCAUUACAGCGCUUGUGGAUCGCCAUGGGAACACGUCCAGUGGUCCAGAAUCUAAUGGGCACAUCGAGCCCAUACCCAUGUACAGGAGCUGUGUCAUCCUGACUGAGGACUUGCCGCCUGUUCGCAGCGUGAGCAUGGAUGGGGUCGACUCAUCAUCCACGGCCUAG